CUUCCUAAACAAAAAAAAAAUCACUUCUUUAUAUAAUUGUAAUUCACUUUCUUUAAAAAAAAUUAUUCACCAAAUCAUAUAUUGUGAUUCACUCUCAAAAAAAAUAUUCACAUAUUUUCCAUAUUUUUAUUGUGUAAAAUAUUAUUCUAUAUCUUUUACUUUUUUUUGGUAUUCUACCUGAUUUACCGUUUGGUCUAAUCCGAAUUCGGGCUCAAUUCUAGGUCUAAAUUAAGAUUCAAACUUUUUCAAUUUCAUUUGAAAAUAUGAGGAUUAUUUUUUGGUAGAUUUUGAAUUAACAUUAUAAUUCGUUAUAAAAUUUUGUAAAAACCGUGCGUGGCUCUGGCACGAGACUUAAUCUAGUUUUUUAAAAUAAUAAUGUCUCAUUUUGUCUGUUAUGUAAGAAUAUAAGACGAGAAAAUAUAAGUUGCUCUCAGUGAUAAAUAAAAACGGUUUAUCCCAUAGCAUUUUCGUAAAUAAAUCAAUAAUUUUUUCAUUAAUGUGGGCUCUAUAGUUGAUGAUGAUUGGAUAAAGGUUGUUGAUUUAUUUACGAAAAUGUAUGUGAUUAAUAAAAAUUGUUCAUCAUUGAGAGUAAUUGGGGCAAGCUCAAGUAAGACGAUAGAAUUAUUAAUAUGCAAAAUGAGUUGUUUCUAAUACUACCUAUGUUGCAAAUAAUUUAAAAUAAAGGUAGUAAUAUUUAUUUAAUUUUUUCUUUUUUUUUUCAAUUAUGACCUCAAAUCGAUUUCAAAAGGCUAAUAUGACUCUUAAAACGAGCAAAUUUUAGCACAAAAAUCGAUAUUUCUUGUCCUAUUUGUCGUUGUUGUUGCACAUGAUUUUUUAGUUAAGACUUAACAUGCAGUGAAAUCUAACUUUUUUUUAAAUUUUUUUUUUUUAUUUAAGGUUGGUAUUUAAAAUAUUGAAAAAAAAGGGAUGGUUACCCCUAAAUAAGGUGUUUUAAGGGGUGUUUAUUUAUAAAAUUUCCUGAAUAUAAUCGUCAAUUACCAAUUUAAAAGAUAAUGCUACCAUUUUUGCAAGAUCCUUUAAUAAAUUAUAACGUUCUUUGCAACAAGAGUAUUGAUUGUUUCUCUCAUAAAAUUAUUCAUGUAAUGUUUAAAAAAUAUUUGGUUCUAAACGAUACUUGAUCCUUUAAUUAUCACAAAUCACAAUAUGACAUAUACAAGGACUUGGUAAAAAAUAACACUUGAAUUUUUUGACUAACAAACCAUUAAUUAUAAGCCUCCCCUUGCAUAUAUCAUCCAAAGCCCAAAUUAACCCGAAAGUUUCAAAGGAACGAAAAAGAAGCUGAUUUUGGUGCACAGAAGAACAUUCAUUUAAAUAUGGCACAAACAGUACGAAACUUGUGUGUUACAUUGGCACUAGAGCUAUGUGCAACUCUACUCUUUGUUUACCCUUCUAUCUCUUUUGCCACACAAGACAAGACUCUCUUCUUCGUCUUUGGCGAUUCACUCUACGACAAUGGUAUGUCUUUGUAUACCGGCGAUAAGGAAGCCGGAGCAAGGUAUUGGCCAUACGGCGAAAGUUACUUUAAGAAGCCUGCUGGGAGGUACUCUAAUGGCCUCAAUAUCCCAGAUUUCAUAGGUAUUUUUUGCUUAUAUAAUACAAUAAUAUGUCGUAUGUGUAUAGUGUUUGCAUUCAAUUUAGCAUAUUCUCAAUUUGCGGGUUUGCCAUAUAUGCCACCACCAUAUUUACUGCCAGGGAAUAAAAACUACACCAAUGGAAUAAAUUUCGCUUCUACAAGUGCUUGUGUACUCGUCGAAAAUUGUCCUAAGGCGAUAAAUUUGAAGAUGCAAUUGGACUACUUUGUUGAAAUGGUGCAAAAUUUGACCAAGCAAGUUGGGAAAUCGGAGGCUAAUAGGCUGUUAUCUAGAGCAGUCUAUUUAUUUGACAUUGGCAAAAAUGAUUAUGUUACUCUUCUCCAAAUGAAUCGCGAAAAACGUCCUCUCUCCUCUUCAGAGAAGAGUCUCUACGUGAAACAAAUACUGGGCAACCUCACCAUCCACAUCAAAACCAUCUACAAAAAAGGAGGAAGAAAAUUUGCAUUCCAAAACAUUGGUCCUAUUGGAUGCAUGCCAUCAAUGAAAUAUAUGCUUGGAUUCAAUGGAACUUGUGCGGAGGAGCCGCUAGAGCUAGCCAGGAUGCACAAUGCUGCAUUUGCUGCCAAAGCCAACACAUUGCAAAGCAAAUUACCAGGAUUUAAUUACACAAUCUAUGACUUCUACACCGCAUUACACCAUCGUGUCUUAUAUGGCAACGUAUAUGGUUUCGAGGAAACCGAAACAGCAUGCUGUGGAAGUGGAGUGUUCAAUGGUGAUUAUACUUGCCAGAAUAGAUCAAUGACCUUCUCAGUGUGCUACAAAGUGAAAGAUUAUUUGUGGUAUGAUGCUUGGCACCCGACCCAUAAAGCUUGCCGGCAAUUAGCAAAAGAAUUCUGGAGUGGAGGAUACAACAAUGUUGCUCCUUAUAAUUUAAGGACUUUGUUUGCCAUGGGUUGA